AUGACGGAAUGUCAAAAAAAGGCUGCUAUUAAAUUUGGAGUGGCUAGAUCUACAAUACAAUUUCGUAUGAAGAACCCAGACAAAAAGUAUACAUGUAGCUCAUCCCCUAUCCUCACUGAAUCUGAAGAAAGUUUAUUGGUUCAAAAAAAGGAUUUCCUCGACGCAGAGAAGAUGUGCAAUACAGUGUUAAAAAGAAUUGGUUGGUAUAAAGCAUUUCUCCGGCGUAAUCCAGUAAUUUCUAUAAGAACUAGUGAGCAUGUAUCUGCUGCCAGUGCUAAUGUUAGUGAACUAGACAUUAGGAAGUGGUUCACCGAUAUUUACCAAGACUUAACUGGUGAGAAUUUGGAUAAUAUUUUAAAAGAUCCACGCAGGGUUUUUAAUGGAGAUGAAUCAGGGUUUUCUUUGUGCCCCAAAACACAGUCUUUUCUUGGUCCAAAAGGAGCCAAGGAUGUCUAUGAAGUCGCAACUGGCAAUGCUAAAGAGAAUUUAACGGUAAUGUUUACAUUUAACGCAGCUGGAGAAACAUGUCAUCCAAUGGUAAUAUUUAAUUACAAAAGAAUACCACAAAAUAUUAUCGAUUCUGUGCCUGCCAAUUGGGGUAUUGGACGUUCAGAUUCAGGAUGGAUGGUGUCUGAGGUGUUUCAUGAAUUUGUGGCGAAUGUGUUUCACCCAUUUCUUAUUCAAAGUGGUAUAGAGUUUCCUGUAAUAUUAUUUGUAGACGGCCAUAAAAGCCAUCUUACUUACCAUCUAAGUAACUUAUGCAGAAAUUUAAAAAUUAUUUUAAUUGCUCUUUACCCAAAUGCAACCAGAAUACUACAACCAGCGGACGUAGCAGCAUUUAGACCACUAAAGGGAGGGUGGAAAAAGGGUGUAUUCGAAUGGCGCCAUGAGAAUCCUCAUUGCGCGAUUACUAAAAAAGAUUUUGCCCCUAUUUUAAAAAAGUGUUACAUAAAACAAUUAGACCAGAAAUUUUAA